UUUUAAUUGCUUUUAAGUAGAAAAAGAAUAAAGAAAAACAAAAAUAUACAUACAGUAAUUACUUUUCAAAUCCAUUUAUAAAAUAAGAUUUUAAAAAAUCUGAUGAGUGAAAUAAUCAAAGAUUAAAGAGAGGAAAAAUACUCAUCUAUGUCUUUUGUUCCUCAUACUGAUAUGAAUUCGCCAUUAAAGAUAGUUAGGAAUAAAAGAAUAAACUAGGUUUAAUCAAUGAUCGAUUUAGAUAAAUAUAAAGAGCAAUACAUCAAAAAACUCAUAGUCGAUAAAAAUUUAAUUGAUAUUUCUCCAUAAAUAACACAUUCUAAAGCUAUUUAAAACUCAUAUUACAUAAACCCUAAUUUUACUGAUGCCUUAAAUACGUAAAUGUAGCCUAACGUCAAAAAAAGUUAAUAAAGUCUACUAUUUAAACAAAUCUAAAGGCAUUAGUUUCCUGAACGUGGGGUUUUUAGUAAAAAUUUAUUUCUUUAAAGCAGUAAGACCAUAAAAAACAUAGGUAAAAGCGUUCCACCAUCAAUUCAAUAGUCCAUGUACAAUAUCCUUCUCGAUUAGUCUCAUACUCCUACAAAAGUAGAAGAAUCCUACUUAAAAGAAACAAAUAAUAAACAAAGUAGAAUGAGCAGUAUUAUUUUGAAUAAUGACAAUGAUAGUAUCUUUUACUAAGGUAGGGGUUCUUAUAAAGCCCCUUCUCCAGAAAAAGACAUGCUAAUAACUAGAUCUAAACUAAAAAAAACUUCUCUUUAACUUCCAUCUGUUUCUUCUCCCAUAAAUAAAAAAGAAAUGGUCUAUCUCAGCAAUAGCAAAAGUACUCGCUCAAAAACUAUAGAAAAAAUAGAUGAUAAGUUAAGUAACAAUCCAUUUUUACCAAAUAUAACAUAAAGGAAGCAAAAUAAGCUAAAUAUAUCAAUUCAAGGAGCAUCUCGCAGAAGUUCUAAUAAGGAAGAUUCUUAGUUUGACUUAGGCUUAAGUUCAUAAUAAUAGAUCGAUCUUUUUAAUAUUAUACUCAAUUCUUCUAAGAAUAUAACCAUCCCUUAAAUAGCUACAGGAACUAAUUUAUAAAAUAACUCUAAAUUUAAUAGCUUGAAACAAAUUUUCAAUCAAAGAAGUGCAAGUUAACCAUUGAUAGAUGAGUAAAACAGUCCCUAAGUUAAUUCUCCAGUUUCUUCAGAAAAGAGCAAGCAUCUUCUUGAAAAAUCAGCACUUAAUAAUUACUCAAAUUCAUAGCUAAGAGAAAAUAUAAUUAAAGAAUUAUCUUUAACACUAGCAUAAUGCAUUAAAUAGAAUAAAGAGCUUAAUGAAGCAUCUUACGACUUUUAAAAUUUUUAAACUAAGAAUGAUUACUAGAAUUCCGAAGUAAAAGUUUUAGGAUAUUAAAUACGUAAAGAGUAAAUAGUAGAGCAGUAUUAAUAAAACAAGGGUAAUGAUAGGAUACAGAAUUUUGCCAAUUAUCUCAGUAAGUUUUCAGGUUAUAUAAUGGAUCUAUUAUUUGGUGAUAUACCAAAAAUUACUAAGGGAGAAGUUGAAUUCGAAAUCUAGCUAACAGAAUAAGUAUAAGAUAUAAUUUUACCUAUUAUAUUAGAGAAAUUAAAAGAAUUUGGAAUGAAAGAUUUAAUAGAAAGAUAUCAAUUAGUUUUUAAAAAUGAAUACUAAAAUAUGAUAAUUAAGACUCCUAUUAUUUAAGAAAAUUAAAUUGAAGAAGCUGCUGAAUCUAUAACAUAAGAAUUAUUAGCAAGACUUAAACUUCAUUUCUAGAAAAGCUUCACCAUGUAUGCCUCAACUUGUAAGGAUUUGAUUAAAGACAUUCUUUCAGAGGGAGUUAGUAAAGAAAAAAUAAAAGAUUACAUGGAAUUCUUGAGGAUGCAUUUAAAGAGAUCUUCAAUUUUUGAAUAGCCUUAAAAUAAAAAUAUCAAUACUCUUAAUCAUUAAAAUAAAAGUGAAUAGCAUAAAGGAAUAGUGGAAAGUGGAAACUAUAAAGAAUUGCUUAGCAUUUCAAGUGCAGAUUUGUUUUUUAUCAAAAAAACUAUUUAUGAGGUGUUAAAGAAAUAAUGUCCAAAUCUAUCUUUAACAAGCAGGGCAAGAAUUUUGGAAAAAGUAGAGAGUUUAAGAUUUGGAUAUUUCAAAGAAGUGUACAGCUUGAACGAGAAGUCUAAUUAGUAGCUGAUUGAGAUUAUGAAAGUUUAUGUAUCGAAUUCUCCUCCUCUUCUUGCCUAUCUAAAAAGACCAGAAUCCAGCAAGUAAAUAACAAAGCUGCUAACUAUUCUUCUAGACUCUAUUUUGGGUGAUUGUUCUCUCUAACAUUUUGUUGAAAAAUCUUCAAUUUUAUUGAAUUAAGAGUUAGAUUUACCUUUAAUAUCUAUGUUGGAGUAGGGUGUCAAGGGAUCAUUAGCUUAACUUCAAAUAAAUAUUGUUUUGAUAAAAGAAAUCGAAUAUAAAUUUACUAAUUUGAAAAGAAGGGUAAGACUUACACCUCCAUUUAAUGCUGUUUUUUAUCAAAUUGAUUCAAUUAUAAAGUACAUGAAUAGUUGGAUAGAUCUUAUGGCAUAAUAAAAAUAAAUAAAAAUAGAUAAUUAACAAGAAUUGUUAUCUCAACUUAAAUAAAUUGAUUUCUUAGAAUUUUUCUUAGUCUGUUCUCUCUCAGAUUUUGACACAUUUUCAUUUAUCGAUCUUUAAGAUGGAUUGAAGUAUUUUAAAGUGAGAAAAGAAGUUUUCAAAUUUUGGCUAAAAGGUAUUAAGAGAAUAUUUGCAAAAUUGAAACUAAAAUAAAAGGAAAUAAACCUGAUAGAUGAUUACUUUUAAAAAGCAUUUAAUAACACUCAAUUUUGAAAUAAAAACUAUAUAAAAAUACUGUAAAUAAUAAAUAAAUCUUUAAACUUGUCUCUAAUUUUUUACUUUUGUAAUAAAUUAGUUUACUAACUAACUAUAUUUGUAAUAAAAAUAAUUUGCUUUGUAUUUAUUUGUAGAUAAAUGUUUAAAUUUU